UUGACAGUGACUAUUCAAAAACUGACCCCUUUGUAGAUUGCUAGCAUAGAAUCAAAACUCAAAAAAUUAAAAAGUGAAAUUUCUAAUCUUAAUUAUUUCUUCACAAAAUACAAACAUGGUUUAGUUGAGAGAAAAUGAAAACCUGUCCCUUUGGAAAGUGUUUCUUAGACAUAAUGCAAAGGCCAGGCAUGCCAGUUAUUGCAUUCUCUACCUUUUUGAUUGAAAUUAUUGAAGGCACCCCAUGCAAAAAGUUAUGCCUAAAUUCCUUGAAAUGGAAUGCAUAAUGUGUAUACUUAAAGUCUAACAUCAGCCAGCAGUCUCCAUUUUCCCUGCAUUAGCUGGUGCAUUGCUACAUUUUUUGGUGUGUUACUGCCACCAAUUGUCAUCACCUCAGCGCUUGCUCUUGCAAUGGGGACCUACUCACCAAAACAUUGCUCCAUAGUGUUACUAGUGGUUAAAAAACUCCACAGGGUACUUUGAAGUUCCUUUUUGCACACAUUGUCUCACUUUGUAUGCUGACUGUUUUUCACAGAACGCUCCGUGACAUUCUGAGGCCACCGAACAGAAGGAUGACCUCACUGCACAGACAGCUGAGCCAGCUGCUCGGAGCAUGGAGGUGGAAGAGGAGGGUGGAGGUUUCUCUGUACCCAGCCUCGGGCUUUCACUGCAGGACCUUCUGCUCCACCACCUCAGGACCAGAAAAUCCUGUAGAGAUCCACAAGAGAAAGCUCUUCCUGUGGUUCAGCCACCUUCCUCAGGAGGAGAAACAGUUUGGUGGUUACUUCAGCCCAGAGACCAUGCAUGUGGAUCCACUGAUCCUGGAAAGAAAUGCUGAGGAAAGGGCAGUACUGCUCAGUUCCCCUCUCCAAACCCACACUUCAUCCAGCCAUUCUGUGACUGUGGAACAGCUGUUUGAGCCCACAAAUGCCAGCAGUGAGGGCCGGGGGCUCAAUGUGGUGCUGUAUGGGGCUGUGGGAACAGGAAAAAGUACCGUGGUACGAAAGCUGGUGCUGAAUUGGUGCAGUGGGACCGCCCUGACCCACUUCAAGCUGCUGGUUCCUUUCUCUUGUGAGGACCUAGGCCAACUGUCAAAGGUAGCGUCCUUAAGGGAUCUGGUGAGCAGGAAGUACCUCCACCUGAGAAAAAACCCCCUGCUUAGUGGGGAGGGAAACCAGGCCAAAGACGUGCUCUUCCUCUUUAAUGGGAUGGAGAAGAUGAACCUGGACUUCAGAAUUGGAGCCACAGAGCUUUGCAGUGAUCCCAAUGAGGUGCUUCCUCCAGGUGUAGUGGUGGUCAACCUGCUGAGGAAAUACCUCCUGCCUGAGGCCAGCAUCUUGGUUACCACCAGACUGUCUGCCCUGGACCUUAUUCCUCAGAAGUAUGUGAGUCGCUAUGCACAGAUUUGUGGCUUCAAUGAUCCAGACCGCCAGCGGGCCUACUUCACCAGCCGCCUACUGCAGCAGAGUGGGGAGAUUUCACGUAACCAUGAGGCCCAGGCUCUUAUAGAGCUGCUCUACCUCAAUCUUCAGAGAGAAAGCCAGCUGGCUACAGCUUGCUUCCUCCCCUCCUACUGCUGGCUCACGUGUGCCACCUUACACUUCCUCCAUUUCACAGAUGCUAAAGCACCCAUCCGCACACUGACUGGCAUAUACACUAGUUUCCUCAGACUCAACUUUGGUGGUGAGGUGCUGGGCACAAGGACAGGGACAAAUGUACCCAGUCAGGAGCACCAGAGUUCUCUGAUGUUAUAUGUAGUCCGUACAGUUGGGAAACUUGCGUUCGACGGUGUAACAUACAAACGCACGUCGUUCUCAGAAAAGGAACUGGAGCAGUGGAUAGGAGGAAAGACCAAGACAGAUGAGGAGCUACAUCAGCUGGCCAUGUUCCGGACUGACGUGCUAGACUUCUUCUUGGCUCCCUGUGUACAAAAUGUCAAGCAUUUAUCCAAAGAGCCCAGUCAGAAUGAUGAGAGACGGUAUGUAUUUGCUGUCCCAGCCAUGCAGGAGUAUCUGGCAGCCCUCUAUGUUGUUCUAGGAGAGAAUAAAUCAGCUCUGGAGAAGCUGAGUAGGCAGGUGUCUGUGGCAAUUGGUCAGGCAAGUGAGGAUGUCAGUGCCCUUGUCAACAUCCUUUCUAAGUUCAUCCCCCUCAGAGUAUUUGCCAUAUUCAACCUCCUUAAGCUUUUUCCAAAACUGUAUGAGAAAAUCAGCGGUCACAAUAAAGGCAGCAUUGCCAAAACGAUGGCAGCUGAGAUGUUCCGCACCGAGGAUAGUUACAAUGAAGAUGUCCUGGAUCAGGUGGAGCAAAGCCUUCUAGGAGUCCAUGGCCCGCAGCCACAGCAGUACAGUGAAGGCCAGCCAUUUGAGCUCUAUCCCAUCUUUAUGGGUGGACUGCUGCAUUAUGGUAACCGUGUGCUUCUCCAGCAACUUGGCUGCAGCAUUAAGAGCACCACUGUGGCCCAGAUCACAAAUGCCCUUCGGAAGUACCUUGUCAGAGAGCUGAGCAAGCCACAGCCACCAGAGGAGCUGAUGGAUCUACUGGUCCUUCUGUACGAGUUUCAGAACCCCCGACUGACUGCAGAGGUCCUGGCUUCAAUCCGAACCAUCCGUCUCACCAACAUUCGUAUGACCUCACUCAAAUGCUUCAUACUAAGUUCUGUGCUCUCAUGCACCCCUGCAAGUUAUCACCUUGAAGAACUGGACCUGUCCUCCUGUCUCCUGACUCAUAACAUGCUUCAGAUGCUGUGGCCUGCCUUCAGACACACACAUAACCUCAAUCUGCAGUUUAACAGCCUGGGUCCCGAGUCCUGCAUCCUCUUGAGAGAUCUGCUGCUAGACCCCAAAAGUUCUAUCAGAGCUCUACAACUGUGUGACAACCCUCUGCUGGAGUCUGGAGCCUGCACCCUGCUGGAGGCUUUACCAGAGAACCAGUCCCUGACACACCUGACCCUGAUGCACACUGGGCUGGGGGACCAGGGGGCCUUGGAGCUUGCUGAGAAGCUCCAGCAGCACACAGCACUCCAGGAGCUCAAUGUGGCUUAUAACAACAUUGGAGACAAUGCUGCCCUGACUCUAGUGGAUGCCUGCAGGGAACAUCCCAGCCUUCAUACUGUGCACUUGUAUCUGAACCCUCUCAGUGAUGUGGGAAAGCAGUCCCUGUAUGUCCGAGGUGUACCCAAGAGCCACAGCGGUCGGCGGGUUAAGGUCCUGGCUUCAGUCACUGAGGGCUCAGACAUCUCAGAGGACUGGCACCCCAUCCUCAGUGUGAUACGGGAGAAUGCCUCAUCCUGGGACCGUGAACGUGUCAAGCAGCAGCUUAAGGUUUUCCUUAGGGAUCUGGAGUGGGGGCGUCAGCAGCAGCAGAGCCUCUGGAAAAGGCUGCACUUUCGGAGGGUGGAGAAGGGCGUCCGGCAGACUCUACAGAUGCUAGAGAAGAACACUUUACCUCCAUCCAUGGGAUAAAGCCAAUAACCAAUAAACACCAAGAGGUGAAACACCAGUGAAUGCCUAUAGCAGUAUAUCAGGCUGGAAUCUGAGUGUUUCCACACAGGAGAAAAAUCUGCAGCUAGUCUAAACUGGAGGUACAGGAGAUCUAUCUUCAUUAUUAUAAAAAAGAUGACCUCAUUCAGUGAUAUUUACAGAGCAGUUUAAAGAGACUCCCUGAAUUAGUUUUAGCACUUCCUUAACUUGGACCUUUCAAAAUGUCAGCAGAGAGCUGAAAAUCAUAUACAUCAAGGUUUUAACCAAUUUUUGCUGCAAUAUGCAUUUCAGUUCUGUGUGUUGUGAUGGUCAUGUGAUGCUCCGGAACAAAGAUGAGCAGCUUGACACCCAUGCCCCUGUAUGUAUGAAAAAUAUAGUGACAGACCUCUGAAUUGACCGCAGGUUACAAUGAGGCAAACUACUGACACAAUUCAGUGGAUGUGCAGAAAAAUUUAAGCUUUGUAGGACAAACUGGUGAUUUAGUUUGAUUUUAUUUUUUUUGUUUGUUUUUGAGUUCGGAAUGUAAAAUGUUUAGAAAUUAGAUUUGUUGUCAUAAGCCACGCCCACUUUAAGCACUCAUUACCAAAUUUUAUGCAUUGCCAGAAGCAUGACUCUAGGACUGAAUUUGUGAUGCCCCCUAGUGGCAGAAUAUGCCAAGACUGCGCAGCCAAGCUCAGACCUAGCAUCCAAACAUGUGCACCAAGUUUGGUUACUGUCACUUAAAGGUCCAAUGUGUCAGAUUUAGGGGGAUUUGGUGGUAUCUAUUGUUGACGAUUGCAGAUUGCAACCAGCUAAAACUUCUCCCAGUUAGAAUUCCUCCAGUGUUCAUUGUUCAGAAAGUUUUUACUGUGAGCCUAAUUAUUCACACAGGUGUCUUCCUUUCCGAACAAAACACUGAGUAAAGCACUUUAAAACAGUGUUUUUCCAACACAGCACAUCACAUAAUGGCUGCUUGCUACAAUGGCCAAUGCAAAAAUGCAAAUGUCCCUCUCUAGAGCCAGUGUUUGGUUUGUCCAUUCAGGACUACUGUAGAAACAUGGUGGUGCAUCAUGGUGAUCUCCAUAAACUAUGAGCUGCUCCCUGUGUAGAUAUAAACGUCUCAUUUUAAGGUAACCAAAACACAAAGAUUAUUAUUUUCAGGUGAUUAGAGAAUAAAGACAACACACUUAUAUUAUAUUCCAUUUAUGCUGAUAUAUCCCCCUAAGUGCAACACACUGGACAUUUAAGCCAAUUAUGAUUUAUCAGUAUUUAUGUAAAAUUGACCUUAAAGUCAAGUCUGAAAAUGUAUAAGUUAUUACUGAUUGACAUGUAAAUUUCCUUGAUAAAUUAAGAUCACCGAAGUCUGUAGAUGAUCAUGGCAAAUUUUCACGAUAAUUGGCCCAAAGGUUUCUGACGAGUUUUCGAAAACAGGAUUUUGAUAAUAUUGAGGAAAAAAGUCAUAAAACUAGAUUUUUUUGAGGAGACCAUUUGAGCAAAGAUGCAGAUGAACUGAGAGAUUUACAUGAUGAAAGAAUUUUGAUUAGACCAAACUGUUGUUCACAAUAAUUGCAAAAAAGUAAAUUUGAUCAUUACAGUGCCACCUUGAGGUCAAUGAGUAUCAUUUUAUGUGCCUGAGACGUAGGUGGAAUUUGCAGGACUUUUUUGCUGCAUGAACACUUUUAGCAAAGAACAAGAACAAUAGGGCUCUGCUUGAACCCCUAAUGAACAUUAAUACAUAUUAAAGCUGCAAGCAGCAUUGGGCGGGACCUCGGACCCUCGCUGUCGGCCUCCAGCUCACGUAGACAGUGUGAAUUAGCCUAUUCGUAGGAGUCAAAAUGUCGAUAAAACAAGCAGUGUCAACAGAACGCAAGGUCAUUUUUGGCAAUAAACCCAUGACUUGGGAGUAGAACUUUGAUGGCUUCUGAAAACCAAACUACUGACGAAGACAUCAAUCAAUCAAUCAAUCAAUCAAUAUAAUACCGUUCUUAAUAAACGUGUUGGUAGUCUUCUAUUCAAAAUUAAACAGAAAUAUUUUGAACUUGGAGAUAAACCAGAGAAACUGUUAGCUAGCCAGCUUAGAGGUGAAAGGGCUAAACAGGCCAUUCACAGGAUAAAAUCCAAAUCAGGCAGACUCCUAACCAAUCCGAGAGAGAUAAAUGCUUGCUUCAGGGACUUCUAUAAGGAACUGUAUUCUAGUAAAGGCCACUGAAGCAGAUUUCUGUAACUUUUUUGCCAAUUUAAAUGUUCCCCAAUUAGAUAGUGCAGCGAGAGAUGAUAUGGAUGACCCAAUCUCUAAAACUGACCUUUUGAGUGCUAUUCGAGCCUUCCCCUCUGGAAAAACAUCCGGUCCAGAUGGCUUUGGCUGUGAAUUUUAUAAAUCAUUUCUUGACAAAAUAGUUCCGCUCAUGCUGAGAAUGGUGAACGAUUCUAUGAGAAAUAAGACGCUCCCCAGUUCAUUAUAUGAAGCAAAUAUCUCCUUGCUUUUGAAAGUAGGAAGGGAAGAGUUUGAUCCUGCAAGUUACCGACCUGUUGCUCUCUUAAACUGUGAUCUGAAAAUAAUAACUAAAGUCUUGGCUACAAAAUUAGGUAGGCAUAUUUCCACGAUUGUACACCCUAAUCAGACUGGACGGGUCGGUUUUCUUUUAGUAAUGUCCGUUUGCUUUUAAAUACAAUAUACUCAGUGCAUGGGAAAAAUACACAGGCUGCUGUUUUAUCUCUUGACGCCCAGAAGGCAUUCGAUCAGAUCAAAUGGCCUUACAUGCUGAAGACACUAAAACAAUUUGGAUUUGGGGAAAAUUUAAUUGAAUGGGUGAAAAUAAUUUAUCUUAAACCAGUAUCCUCUAUUCUCACUAAUUCGGAUAGAUCCCAACCUUUUGAGUUGCAGCAGGGUGUAAGGCAGGGCGACCCUCUUUCUCCUCUUCUUUUUGAUAUUACUUUGGAACCACUUGCAAUAGGUAUAAGGGGUCACCCAGGUAUUCAUGGGGUAAAGUUUGGUAAUGUUGAAAGCCUUGUUAAUCUGUAUGCUGAUGAUUUAUUGAUCUGUUUAUCAGACCCAGUGGUGUCAGUUCCCACCCUCCUGAAUUAUAUAAAAUCAUUUAGUAAAUUGUCUGGGUAUACAAUUAACUGGGACAAAUGUGAAUUCAUGCCAUUGACAAAUAUGUGUCCUACUUUCUUGAAAUCUUCACCAUUUAAAUUAGUUACUACCCAUAUUAAUUAUCGUGGCCUUGAGAUCUCCAGAAACCCCAAACUUUUACUGAAAUUGAAUUUUUUGGAUAUGGUGGAUAAACUAAAAUCUAAUAUUAGGAACUGGAAGCUGCUCCCUCUCUCAAUGAUUGGCCAUAUCAAUGCCGUUAAAAUGGUUGCACUUCCCAGCUUCCUGUAUCUUUUUCAAAACCUCCCUAUUUAUUUGCCAUUAUCUUUCUUUAAACAACUGGACUCAGUUGUCCUGUCAUUUGUCUGGGCAGAUAAACCCCCUCGCAUUUCUAAAGCCCAUCUGCAGAAGAAUUUAAAAAGUGGGGGUCUCGGCCUCCCUGUUUUUAGGCAUUAUUACUGGGCUGCAAAUGCGAGGGCUCUCAUUUUCUGGCAGUGGGGCCCUCCUUAGGAUGACUGUUCCUCUCCACUCUGGCUAAAGAUUGAAUCCAUGUCUGUGUCACUAACCUUGCUCCCAGCGUUGCUCUUUUCAAAUGUACAACUGUCUGACAAGUUAUUUGGCUACAAUUUCGUUCUUAGUAAUUCUUUGAAGAUAUUGAAUCAAAUGAGAAAAUUCCUUGGAUUACCAAAUGUUUUGGUAAAUGCCCCAAUAACAGGCAAUCACUUGUUCAAACCAGGACUGACGGAUGGGGUUUUUUUGGACUGGAGGGAGAGGGGCCUAAGUUGCAUUUCAGAUUUUUACAUAGAUAACAAUUUUGCUUCUUUCCCUCUGCUCCAGGCUAGAUAUCACCUUCCUCAGUCACAUUUUUAUCGAUAUUUACAGGUGAGACAUUUUGUAAGGGAACACAUUUCUGAUUUCCCAAUAAGACCACACAAUUAUAAUUUUUAUGAUACAUUUCUCUUACAACCAAACUCCAAACAUUUGCUUUAUCACUGCUUUUGAGACACCAGCGAGUACCAGUCACCUCAGGGAGGCAUGGGCAAAAGAAUUGGGAGUUCCACUGUCAGAUGAAUUAUGGGAGGAGGGCCUGUCCAGUAUACAGAAGUGCUCUAUAAACUCUAGAUAUCGGUUAAUUCAAUUUGAAGUCACACAUAGACUGCAUUAUUCCAAAACUAAACUUAAUAGAAUAUUUGAAUCAGUGUCUCCCAUGUGUGAUAGAUGUGGCAGAGCCGAAGGUUCACUCUCACAUUUAUUCUGGCACUGCCCAGUACUGGACAACUUUUGGAGUGACAUAUUUAACUGGUUUUCUAAGCAAUAUAAAAUAAACAUUCAACCAGACUGUAACCUGGCAAUCUUUGGCUCCUUUGAAAGGACAUCGACCCUCCCUUCCCACUGUGAGCAGGCUCUCAAAACAGGCAUGGUAGCAGCCAAGAAAUUGAUUUCACUCAACUGGAAGUCUCCAUCAUCCCCUUGCUUUAAGAGGUGUCUCAACGAAAUGGUUUGUGUUUCUAGGAUGGAACAGAUUCGCCUUAGCAGAGGGAAGGCACCAAAUUCUUAUGAGAAAGCGUGGAAACCAUUUUUGGCUUUACUUGAUGAGACCUAAAUGACUAAUGUAUUAAUCAGGCUGCUGUGUGUUUGUAAAAAAAAAAAAUUUUUUUUUUUUCUGUACCGUCUAAGGUUUUGAUCCUCCUCUCUGGGUUUUCUUCUUUUUUUUUCUUUUUUUUUUUUCUUUUUUGAGUGUGUGUUUGUUUUUUAUUUUGUUUUGUUUUUUAUUCAUACCCCUGACGGUAUCACGAGACAGGAAGCACAGGACUACUUUGGUUGCUAUAUAUAUCCUCAUAUAGCCUCUGUCUUUCUUUUUAUUACUUCAAUUACUUCAUGUAACAAUGUCAAAAAAAAAAAAAAGUUAAAAAAAUUAAAAUAAAAUAUUCCAAAAAAAAAA